GACAAGCCUAGGUGAAAGGGACUGUUGUCUCUCAACCGCUCAAUAGAUAAAUUCGGCGCGGGUGUGUUGGAACAAACAAGCUUCCGACUUUCUAUUCAGUCGGAGGAAGGGGAAGAACUAACCUCUGUCAUUUCACUUUCAUUCAUUCAAGUCGGCGUUCGUUCAGGUUUCUCGUAGAACCUUAAGCAUGCCUACCGUCACGUUUCCUGGGCGACCUCUCGCGUCGUACCCGGUGCUGAGCGCGUUCUACAAGCUCUUUUACUCAUGCACCAUCAUCGCCCGCCUGCCGGUGUGGAUAUUUAGCUACGCUCUCUUCCCGCGCACGAGGCCGCAUUCAAGAUGGAGUUUCAAACAAUCAAUCAUGCUCCGGUUCCUCACUGAAUCCGUCUAUAUGAUAAGUCGCACACAGACACCAACACCGCUAUCGCUAGAGCCGGGUAAAGAUAAGGAGAGAUGGGAGAAGCUUGACCCGUUUCCAAAAGACGUGUACCGCGGGCCCCUGGACAGUGCAAGCGUUGAGCCUUCUACAAUAGGGGGCAAAUGGUAUCCAGCGAAGCCAACUGAUUUCGGCGCCAUCGGGACGGUUCUGCUUCACAUACACGGCGGUGGAUUUGUCGUCGGCACAGGCCGGACUGACCAGGAUGGCAUAAUGGCCGAGCUCUUCAUCAAGCACGGCAAAGUGGGAUAUAUCUUCGCCCCUCAAUACCGUCUAUCAUGUCGUCCAGAGUCUGCUCCGUUCCCGGCGGCGCUGCAGGAUUCGCUCACGAGCUACCUGUACUUCGUGCGGACACUCGGGAUCCCGGCGUCCAACAUCACAAUUUCCGGCGAUAGCGCGGGAGGGAAUCUUGUGAUCGGACUGCUGCGGUACCUUGCCGAGUACGGGGCUGAGCUCAACAUCCCGCAACCCAAGAGUGCCGUCAUAUUAUGUCCGUGGGCGGCGCCAGCGAAGAGCCUAUGGCCCGAAUUUGUCGUCACGAGCAAUCCCAACUUCCGCACCGACUACCUUGGCAUAGAACUCUGCCGCUGGGGCGCUGCAACGUAUAUUCGCGAUGUGCCGCCGGAACACCCGUACAUCACGCCGUUAGGCCACCCUUUCAAGACGUCUGUACCCAUGCUUGUGACGUUUGGCUCUGCCGAGAUCCUGGUCAUCGAUGGCUUGGAAUGGGUUAAGGAGAUGGAGCGUGUGGAAGGGAACGAGAUCGAGACUUACAUCGAGCCAGACGCGCCGCACGAUACGCUGCUCGUUGGUCAUAUUUUAGGAUUCGAGGAAAGUUCCGCCGAGGUGGCGCGGAAAAUGGGUGAAUUCAUUAGGCAAUAUGCAUGAGCUUGGGUGCAACUGACUGUCUGUGAUAUAGACGUACGAAAGUGCUAGCAGGGGAAGGGAUAGAUAGGGGCUAUGGAUGUCGGUUAUGGUAGCACGAUGCUUCAGAGUUUGAGGAGAAGCAGGUUAUGAGAGGAUCAAGAUCGUCAUCCCAAGAGUUUGGGCUCUUCAUUCAAAAGCUCCAUGCUGCUCUUACUGCCCGAGAGACAGUUUUUUGAUACAGUGUCUUAUGACGUCAUGCUUUGCGUGCAGAGCUCUUUCGCAUCCUGUAAACGUGGAACUUGGUGUCUUGGAUAUGAAAAGGCAGACGAGACAACAUGAGAGAAUGCCAAUUCUGCUAAAUUCAAAAACUGGAGAUAGGUAUGCUGUGUUUUGACGCCCUAUCUUGCGGCAGCUUCAUGCUAGGGAAAGAUAUAAGCCAAGUU